GGGGGAGAGGGAGAGAGAGAGAGAGAGAGAGAGAGAGAGAGAGAGAGAAUCCCAAGCAGACUCUGCACUGUCGUCGUAGAGCCUGAUGUGGGGCUCCAACUGCGACAUCAUGACCUGAGCCCAAGUCGGACACUUGACCAACUGAGCCACUCAGGUGCCCCAAGCUUAAUGUUUUAGUUGGGAUAAAGAUAUGUGUGAAGGCCCUGAUGGGGUGAGGGAGAGUGGCAAAUUCUGGGAACAGAAAGAAGGCCAGUGUGGCUGGAAGCCAGUCAGCAAGAGAGAAAAUGGAAGAAAAGGAGGUUGGAGAGGAGCCAAGGAAGGGCCGGGUCAUCAGAGCUCAGUGAAGGAGUGUGGGUUUCAUUCCAAGUGCAAAAGGCUCUCGUGGUGGUUUAAAGUUGUGUUGUGUGAAGGAAGGAGUGUGAGGAGAAGAGCAGACACUGUGAGAGAACAGCAGGAAGACCGGGAGGCUAGAGUCAGGGUAGAAAGGAUAAACCUGCUGUGGGGCUGCAGCUCUGGUCAGGGUUGCUGUGUACCCAUGAGCUCUAGGGGGCGCCACUCACAUGGAUUGUUUGUAUCUACUGGAGGUGGAGAGACCUGGAUUGCUUCCAGGCAUAUUAUGGAAGUGGAUCAUAACAGGAUUUGACGAUGGAUUAAAUGUGGGGCUCAAAAAAAGAGAGAGGUGCCAAGAACGACUCCUGGGGUCCUGGCUUGAGCAACAGGGGAGAGAAGAAAAGAGGAAGAGCUGGAGGAGAAGGAGGGGGUGCUAGUUCGUUUCUGAGAGAGGGGACAGAACAAAGAGUUACUUUUCAGGGGACAGUGAAGUGACCAUAGCCACAGUUAUUCUGCAAAUGUAGUAAUUGGCUCUAUGCUGGUACACAAAAGAAAUGAUGUUGGGGUUUAAUAAACAUUCUUAUUAGAGAGUUGCCCUAUAUAUCACAAAUCAAUGGCUGCCCGGUUGCCCUGAAUUAGAAAACAAAUAAGGCCAUUUAACACUGAACAUAAUGUUGUCUUUCUGUAAUAAUUCAGAGAGCACUUCAGAAUCUCACAGAGACCUUUACUGUUGCUGUGUAACAAACCACAUCACGAUUUAGUGGCGAAAACAGCCAUUUUAUUGUGCUCAUGGAUUUUGUGGGUUAGGAACUAAGAGAGGGCAUAACAGGAUAGCUCUUCUGUGUUCCAUGAUGUCUGGGCUCAGCUGGAGAGACUUGUCAGCUGGGGGACUUGACAGAUGGGGGCUGGAGUCAUCUGGAGAUGUCUUCACUUACAUGCCUGGCAGGUGAUGCUGGCUGUCAGCCUGAACACCUACACAUGGCCUCUCUGCGGGGCCCAGGCUUCCUCACAGCAGGGUGCCUACAGGGCACUUGAACUUCUGACAUGGCAGCUCUGGGCUCCAAGGGCGGGUCAUCACUGCAAAGAUCUUGAAUCUCUAAAUUCUACAGGACAGGUAGCUGAAUUCAUGUUCUGCCCAAUAGAAUGCUAGAUAAGAAAGGGAUUGCAACAUGCUCAGUGUGCUGUCUUGGGGAUAACCUGACUCGGGGAAGAAGAGUCUGGUAAAAGGGAGGAACUGGAUGUUUUGCAUUAAACCAGAUGACAAGGAUAUUCUUACGUUGGCUGUGAGCCAGUCAUGUGGUAAACAAGUAUUUUUCCAUUCUCUUCCACUUGCCUAACCCUGAGAGGUGAAGCAACCAAGGCUAUUUUACCGGAUAAUAAAAGGAUGUUUAUAAACUAGGACAUCUAAGAACAGGUUGGAAUUAUUUAAACAUUACAGAGACUCAGAUUUGCCAAGACCUCUAUGAUCCAUUCUGGUGGGUUUCACCUCAGGUAGCAAUGCACAAUGCUUCAAGUUUAGAAAUUAUUCUUAAUUUGGGUUUUGAGUAGCCUUCAAGGAUUUUUAACACUAGUCUAAGUUUGAUGCUCUAGCUAUAAGAUCCUUGAUCUAAGGCAUCAGAUUCCAAAAAGGGAAGUAUAAAUAUGCCAAGAAGCAUGCAAGAUGAUUCACUGCGGGCAGUGGAGUACCUACUUCUAUUCCUUGGAAAUUAUUUUAAUAUAUAUUUUUGUGUGCAUCUUAGAAUAUUAAAUAUGAUAAUAUAGUAAUGAGUUUAUGAAAUUUAUAAAUGACUAGUUAAGUAAAUAACUAACUUUGUUUCUGCUUAAAAAGUUGCUUUUUUCAUUGAUGGAGCAUUUACACCUUAUAGCUAAUGGUUUUGAAAUUUUAUGCAUACAAAUCACCUGGCUAAGCUUGAUUUUUCUUAGCUCAGUGCAAGAGUGAUUAGAAUUUGAUGAAUUGAUUCACACUAUCUAAGCUACAAGAGACUGACUUAUAAACCAAAAUGCCAAAUUUAUCAUUUUCUGAUAGCUUGAAAACUAGGCUUAUCAUUUAUACGUGUUAUACUAUUUUUCUUUGACAGAGUAAUUUCUCUCAGAAUACGAAAUAUCAGGGCCUCCUGGGUGGCUCGGUCUGUUGAGCAUCCAACUCUUGAUUUUGGCUCAGGUCAUGAUCUCACAGUUUCAUGAGUUCAAGCCCCACAUCGGGCUCUGCACGGACAGCACACAGCCUGCUGGAGGUCUCCCCCUUUCUGCCCUUCCCCCGCUCAUGCUCUCUCUGUCUCUCUCAAAAUAAUAAUUAAAAAACUCCAAAAUAUCAGACAAGAGGCUUGAUGAACCUUAAACUAGAGAGAAACUUUGGAUUCCUAAAGGAUAUUUGCAAGAAACCGAUGCAGCAUAACGGUGGGUUAUUCUUGGGAUGCAGCAUAGAAUGGUGGCAAAGAGUGAGCGCUCUAGUGGCCAGACUGCCUGUGUUCCAACUGUGAAUCUGCUGCCUACCAGCUGCAAUGUGACCUUGGCUAAGUAAUUAACCUCUCUGUGCCUGUUUCUCCAUCUGUAAAAUGGGGAUACCCGUAGUUCCUACUCACUCUGAGCUACAUCCAUGGAAAGUACUUAGAUCAGGGCCUGACAUAUGUUAAGAACCCAAUCAACGUUAGUGCUUCUUCUCUAUUCUAAGCAUGUUUCUUUCUAAAGAAUUUAAUUUUUGUCUGGAAUCAGCAACUCCCACCUCUCUAGGCAUGUUCUUAUCACAUAACAUCCUCUUUUCAGUAUUCUUCAAUUUCAUUUGGUGCCUUGGUUAUUUCAGUAUCUUAAUCCCUUAUGGUACAGGGAAUCUUUGGGUAUCCCCAGAACCUAUCCCAGUGCCUAGCUCUGAAAAACUGCCCUUAACAGUUUAUGGCAUUACAUGUGCCUCAGAGCGUGUCUUGGAUUGCAGUUCAUUGGGUCCAAAUUGUAUUGCUUUAAGCCAAAGGCAUGGGCAUACUUAGAAAGAAAGGUAUAGAACCCGGUUGCCACCUUAAAAGCUUUCAGAGUCUAGUUGCAGGUCCAGUGUGUGAGGAAGGCAGUGGUGGUUGGGGGAGAACUGUGCUGAACUAGAAACAUUUGUACCCCAAUAAAGACAUUCAAAUUUAGAUUUUAAAAACCUCUGUGCUGGCCAGACAAGAUAUGCAGGUAGAUUUAGGGUCUGGGUUUUGAGCUCUGGUAUAGAUUUAAAUAGGUAUAGAUAAAACCUUACAAAUAUAUGUUUUGUUGCCUCUACUAAAGUAUGAAUUUAAGGGCUAGCACAGUGCCAUUUCUCUUUGUUUGAAACCCCUCUCUCCUGGCCCAGUGUAAAAAUUAUUAGAAAAUCCUUCUCAUUUCCUAAAAUGAGUCAGAUCAUUUUUAUAGUCAAUAUGUCAUAUCAAGUGCAUUAUCUAAAAUAAGUCCAAGUUUAAAUGCCAUUACAUAUAAAUAAAUGCUCAUAGUUACUACUAAGCAUUUCCUUCAUUGGGUAAGUUUUAGGGUGGAUGUUUCCUGAUGCCAGCACCUUUUCUCAUCAGUAAUGCUUCCACAAAUUGUAUUUAAUGGUGGCUUACUCCUGGGAAAACGCAAGCAUUUGGCUAAUUUGUCCAUUGUCUUUUAGACACAGAACUGCAUUUUCUGAGCUUCUCUGGUGUUCAGAGACUCUUCGUACAAUCUCUAGUCCUGGCUGCUCACAGGGGCUUGCCCACAGGAAAUGAGACAUAUCGCGUGAACCACUCACUAUGGUUGGUGCUCACUCCACCUUUCUGUCACCACAAUAAUUAUAAAUGACUGUGACAGCAAUUAGAAUUUGUUCACCAAAGAUGAAGAUGAAAGGCUUGUCUGGUCAGCUCUUCUGUCAGGUGUUCCCUCCCACGAUACUGAGCAUGUUUUGAUUUUGUUCAUCUAAUCUUAUGCAUCUCUAGCCACGAGACCUGCUAGAGAGGAUGUUUAUCUGGCCCUUGGACAUAUUUUCCCUCCUCCUUUGGGAUAAUGCCAUCUUGAUUACUCUGGAAUUCAGUUGAGAAUGGGUUGGACACCUUAACCUCCCCACCUCCGUCCCUACCCUGCCUUCUCUCCCUCCUUCCAUCAGCCAUCCAGAAAGCAUGCUGGGGAAAGAGUGAACACACGGAUUAAAUAACACUGGGCAACAUUUGUGCAUUGCUAACUAUAUACUAGGAACUGUGGCAAGGGCUUCAUUAGCAUCAUUUUGUUCCAUCUCACAAAUCCCCAGGACGCAGGUCUAAUCUUAUUCCCACUUUACAGACAAAGAAGUGGAGGCUCAGAGGAGGGUCCAGUAAGUUACCUGAGGUCAUAUAGGUCUACAAAGCAGGUUCAGUCCUUGAACAUGGUCAUUCUGCCUCCAGAACCCACUAGGUUGUACUGCCAUCCUCAGAGGUUGCUAAAAUCCAAGGCAGAAUCAACUAAGUGUAAACAAAGCCUGGGGACCACAGAGGGAGGGACUACUACUUCUGAGAGAUACUGCUUGGAAAGCAUUGCUAGGAGGCCCUGGGGGAGGUUGAGGGCUGGGCCACCUGAAAAAGUAAGAAAUCUUAGGGGUGGAGAAAAUGAGGAAGAGGCAGGUCUAUUGAGCAGAGGUCUGGGGCCAGGAAAGCCAGUGCUCUGUGGCUCCAAGGGGGCCUUUGGCAGUGGUGGGGAUGAGAGACAAUGGGGUGGGGGCAGCUGCAGGGAGGGGAGCCAUGGGAGGUGUGAGAAUCCCGUUGCAGGAUAACCCUCUCCUCCCAUAGAAAAUAGACUGUGUCUGUGUGCGUGCGUGCGUGUGUGUGUGUGUGUGUGUGUGUGUGUGUAGGAGGAUGGGCUCAACAUUGCACAUGCUCAGUGUGGAGGCAAAGCCCGCCCUUCUUCCACAGACAGUGCUGUGGGAAAGGGCUCUCCUGAGAGCUGCUCUUCAGCUGGGGGCAGUGCAUGACCUGCCUGACCCCACAGUGUGGCCCUGGAGAACAGAGGAAAAAGGCUUCCUGUGUCAGCCCCUUCUGGGAACUCCAGGAACACGCAGCUGCACUUCCCUCCCUCCUACUUCAGCCCCGUCUUCCCCACACUCUUGACCUUGUGCUGCAAGAGAGGGUCCUGCUACCCAGGCACAGCUGGUAGUGUCUGAGGCCAGACCUCCGGGGACCUGAGGAAUGUACAAAGCCCUCACUCAAGCAGGUUGGAAAUAAAGUUCUUUCUCACCCUCUGAAUAAAAUUUCUCCAGUAACUCUGGUCCUAGCCAAAUGACAUGGCUGGUCUGGCUUGUGGGUCUCCCAGCGCACCUCAGCCUCUGGGAAAUUCAUCCUUCUGGGAAAUUCUUAAAAAUUUAAAAGAGUUAGGUGGGGCACCUAGGUGGCUCAGUUGGUUAAGCAUUGGACUUUGGCUCAGGUCAUGAUCUCAUAGUUUGUGAGUUCAAGCCCCACAUCAGGCUCUGUGCUGACAGCUCAGAGCCUGGAGCCUGCUUCAGAUUUCUCUCUCUCUCUCUCUCUCUCUCUCUCUCUCUCUCUCUCUCUCUCUCUUUCUCUCUCUGCCCCUCCCCAACUCAGGCUCUGUCUCUCUCAAAAACAAACAUUAAAAAAAAAUUUUUUUAAAUAAAAAAGUUAGACACCACCUGUGACCCUGCUUCUAUUUCUUGUCCUUUAUAUGUUUUUUAAUUUAUUUUUGAGAGAGACAGAGACAGAGUAUGAGUGGGGGAGGGGCAGAGAGGGAGACACAGAAUCUGAAAUAGGCUCCAGGCUCUGAGCUGUCAGCACAGAGCCCGAUGCGGGCCCGAACUCACAGACUGUGAGAUCAUGACCUGAGCUGAAGUUGGACGCUUGCUUAACCGACUGAGCCACCCAGGUGCCCCUAUUUCUUGUCCUUUAUAAAGCACAUUGGUGGAACCACUCCCCUGUAAUCUCAUCAACCCUCUCCUUUUAUCCCCAGCACCCUUCCUCAGCACUGGGCCUGCACCAGCCUGUUAAUAAAGUUACAAACCCACGCCUUCUACUUUCCAUGACUCUGUUCCAACAUCCAGAUUUCCUCUGCCUGGAACUAUUCCAUACCAGCAGUUUGAUUUUAAUAGGAGCCUCUGAUCAUUUCAUACACAGGUUUGGGCUAGCAGAGACAAGGAAAUAAAUGUGCCACAAUUAAAAAAAAAAUUUCAGUGUUUUUUCCCUAGUUCCACAAGUCACUAGGUUUCUGAGAACUGGUAUUUGUGGCCUGGCCACGGACAUUAAUAUCUUCUUGUAGGCGAGGUCUCACAAACCAUAUCCCUGCAGCAGGCAGCCCUCGUUAAGAGAGAGCACAGGUGAGUGAGCUCAACUGAGAAGGGAUGUUAGCUGAGCCUCAUAGUUGCUUGUUAACAAGCUUCUUAGCAAGCCUUCCUACAUACUGGGUAAGUAAGGUGCAAGACCAAGGCCCCAGUUGAGAGCAAUAGAAUCGAUAGGAAGUCUGAAGGGCUGAAGGUUCUAGGAUGGUCAAACAGCUUAAAAAUUUUGUUUUUAUUAUUGAAGUAAGAUUGACAUACAUGUUAUAUUAGCUUCAGGUGCACAACAUAGUGGUUCAACAAUUCUGUACAUUACACAGUGCUCACCACGGUAAGUGUAGUUGUCAUCUGUCACCAUACAACAUUAUUAAAAUAUCAUUGACUACUUGGGGGCUGUACUUUUCAUCACAAACAGCUUUGAAACAAGGCCAAGCCUACCUGUAAUGGACUGAGGGGGUUGCUAUCUUCAGUCAAGGUUAGAGGUGGAUGAGAACCACACACAACCAUGACACCCACCCACCCAGACUCUAUGGCAUCCCUAACCCCUUGUAGACAACCACUUCUCUGUCUCACCACAGAAACCUUCAGGCCAUCUUUAUAUAGACCCUGUUCUUAUUGGGGGGUGUAUGUUUUGAUAAAGAAUCUAAGAUAAAUCAAGACAUUACUCCUUUUUAUUCCUUCAAGACACUUAUGUUGGGCACCUACUGUAUGCCAGAUGUAGUGCUGGGUUGAUACAGAGAUGAAUAAGACUAUUUCUGCCCUCUGAGCCCUCAACCUGGUUAGUGGGAGGCGUGGAGAAAAGAAGAGUAGACAAUUGGAUGUGAUGGUGCUAUAAUAGAGACUGUAGAGUAGAGGAAGGGGAAUGGGAUAGAGGAUCAGACAAGGUUUCAGAGGAAUGGACAUUUGGGCUGACACUUGAGUGAGGUGACACUCUUCCAGGUAACUCCAAAACCCUAAAUCAGUGGCUCCCUGUUUUAUGACUUUAUUUAUUUAUUUACAUUUUUUUGAGAGAGAGCACCAGUGCACAAGCAGGGGAGGGGCAGAGGGAGAGAGAGACAGAAUCAUAAACAGGCCCCAUGCCCAGUGUGGAGCCUGACACAGGUCCCAAUCCCAUGACCAAUAGUGAGAUCAUGACCUGAGCUGAAAUCAAGAGUUGGACACUUAACUGACUGAGCUACUCAGGUGUCCCCUGUUUUGUGACUUUAAAAUAAAAUGUCCUUAAUUAUACUUGAAUUCAAAAAAAUUAAUUAAAAACAUCCUUUUGUCAAAUGUUCCUGCUUCUUUUCAAGAGGGAACUGUUUUCUGUUGAGGGUCUCAGAGCAUCACACUUUGACAUUUACAUCUCUCUGAAACUUGGCUUUCCAUCAGGUUACCCCAGUUGGUAGUCUUUGCUUUGGUGAGGAAAAGGUAGAAGAAACUCAUCAGGCUCAUAGAAGCAGGAAAUACAGAUUCUUAGACAUAAAAUGGUGUGUAACAAGUAGGCCAGUGGUCAUAGAGCUCUGUGCUUUCUCCAGUGGUGUUCAGAGAGUGGAAACCUAAACAUCUUGUCGCAUUUAGGAUGGGAAGAGAACAUAUCAGGAUAGUUAUACUGAAAACCCAAGCAUAUCUUCUUAAGGUUGAAGUUGGGGAGUGAUCUAAGAUUAGCAUUGAUCUAGAGACGAUAAGGAGGAAAGUAUCACAUACCAGAACAUACUGUGGGCUAAGCCAUUUGGCCAGGUGGAUCACUAAUGAUGAUGGGGUCUUAUGGGGGAUUUCAAGGCUGAGCAUGAAGCACAUCUAUGAGUAUGGAACUAAUAGAUAGGAGGUGGGUAAUGGAGGAGUAGUCCCUCCAAGUUGUAAGAUCAUGGCAAUGUGUGAGCUGGUAAAAGUUUCCAUGUCUAUAGGAAAUAGAAGGCUGAUGUGCUAAUAAGAUAUGUCUGGCUCUACUCCAUCUUGAGGUCAAAUUGCCCAGAGAGGGCACAAAGACUUCAAGUCUAGAGCAGCCAAAAGUAAUACCCCAGGACACUUGUCUGAUUGAACGUCAUGUCUUCUUUUAUAUUCUAGUCAUUAUUUUAUAAUUCAGCAGGUAAACUAAUCAAUUCUUCACAACUUAAUGUUUAUACCACUUUCAUAAAUACAUAUGGUAUGCAGAACAAGAUACAUUUAAAUUGAAGAUCAUUCCCUCCCAUGAAUACAUAAGUUCAAUAGAGAAAGGAUGAUAAUUACAAGCAAGCAAAGCAUCCAAAUAUGCAUUAGCAUUUUAUCCAUCAAUGAAAUGCCAUAUCCCUGUGUCUUCUCUGGUGUUGAGUACAUGGGUAUUUGAUGUCUUCUAAAAGAAGACCCAUUCUUGUUUUCUCUAUGCUGCCAGAAGCCAGAUUGUUGAAUGAGGAUCUUAAGGGGGUCUUAACCCACAUGAAAAAGUCUAGUUAGUUGGGAAAUACAGUAAUUUAAAGUUGAUAUGGAGAAAAAAAUUUCCCUUACAGCCCAAGUUUAUGAAGGCCAAGUGCAUCUCAGUGACCAUUUUCUCUGAUGGUUGUUCUCAAGUGCUAUAGGUUUAUUAGAGGUUGCCUGGAGGUGGAGAGGUACAUCUCCCAUAUCCCUUGUCUCCAAGAAGCAUGUUAUGUAACCUUCUUCAGGUUCUGGGACUGCUACUAUCAGUCUGUAAUUGAGGGGCUUGCUAAGCCUGCCAUUUUGCAAUCUACCUUCUCUAAGCUGACUCUUCUAUAUGGAAUCUUUACAGUGUGGUUAGCUUUCUAUCCGAUUGUUUGAAUUUGGUAAGGGCAUAAAUGAAUAUUUCCUUCCUUGUUGAUUUGGAAGGUGACCCCCAGGUUAUCUUCCUGAGGACCUUUAACAAUUCUGUGGUGGAUUUCUAAUAAGUUAAUGAGGGGAACUAUCAUUGAUAGCAUAGGUGUCGUGAGUGUCAAAACCGUCUUAUUAAGUGUUAGAAAGGUUUGGCAAGGGUGUUCUAGCUUGGGGAUGCCUGGUUCAAAGGUUUUCAGCUUUGGGGAAGGAAAGAAAGCACAGCAUCCAAACCCUUGGGGCAGCUCCCAUCUGUCCAGGUUGCAACCAGAUCUGACUCUGCUGAGCUACCAAGAAUAAGUGACAAAAAAGGCCUUCAGGACAGCAGGGAUAUUUUCUGAACAAGGAUUUAGAACUGCUGAGGUGUGGGUCUUUUAGGUCAUUCUGUGAGAGGAAAAGACUCCACUGUGAGUUACAUGAGAUAAAGGAUGAAUUAUGCAAGGCCAACUCUAGAGUCUGGGAAAGGCUUUGGUUACCUUUGGUUGAGGUUGGACAGGAUACAAUGGCCAAACCUUUUGGGGGGGUGACUGCUUUAGGCAGGAAAGGAGACAGGCAAAACACUGCUAUUGGCCAGCUUUGAGUAGGCAGCCUCAGCCCUUCUACCGGUAAACAAAUAUCAUGUCUUUACUUCUUUUUAAGAUCUUAUUUUUUUAAGUAAUCUCUACACCCAAUGAGGGGCCCAGCUUACAACCCCAAGAUCAAGAGUCACAUGCUCUACUCACUGAGCCACCUAGGUGCCCCAACAAAUAUCAUUACUUGACAGUAAAGUUGUUUCUCCAGUAAAAUUGUUGCUCUGAAUCUCCUUCUUAUUUUCUCUAAGCCAAGAGGAACUGAAAAAAAUCAGGAUAAGCUGCAAAGAUGUCUAUAGUAAUAAUGAUAAUAGGAUGGCUAAUAUUUAUCUAACAUCCACUUUGUACCUGUAAGAGAGAUAAUCCAUUUUCAUUUUACAGAAAAGGAAAAUGAGUCUCAGAGGUUGAUUUAUUUGCUCAAGGUCACACAGCUCGUAAGUGGCAGAGGAGGGGGGUUCAAAGUUAUGUCACUCUUACUCCAGAGUCUAUGCUCUUUUAGCCACAAGAAGAUGCCUCUAAUGAAGGUGUGUGUGCGUGUGUGUGUGUGUCCCUAUCCUGAAGGACACUUGACAGAAAAGGUCCCAUUAGGACCAAAGGCCGUGAAAAGGGUGGAAACAGGUUUUUCUUUGGAGAGGAAUGUUACUGAUUAGUAAGACUUUAUAUGGUAUUGAGAGAGAACACAGAGGACUCUGGACAAGUCAUUUAACUCUCCCAAUCAGCCUUGAUUCCUGUCUUGCAAAAUGGGGAUAACAAUAUCACUUGAUUAGUUCCCUUGAGUUUUCUCAAGAAUUCGAUGAUGCACUGUGUAGGACAGUAGCAAGGCUAUGGAGCAUUAGAAUCUUCCCAUGUUUAGUCAUAAACAUAAUGUUUUGUCAUUUGCACAGAAACACAUUUGCAUAUUAUAACCUACUACAAGAUGAUUAAGGCUUUGGACAAUAAAUAAUGUCCAGUGCAUUACAUUUAUAUGCAGUUAGUUAAAACUGACGUAGAGUAUUUUUUUUAUAGGAAAGUCUUUUCUUAUUUACAAAAGGAAUUGUGUUUUCUUGUUUCUAAACUGCAUUAUGUACAAAGUCUUGAAAGACAGGCAAAGAAAGAAGAAAGUAAAGAACACUCAUAAAAUUGUUCACCCAGAGGUAAUCACUGUAACCAUCUUAGUACAUUGAGCCCAUCUGAUAUGUCCACAACUGCACUGGUGGUUUUUAUUAUUAGUAUUACAUACAAACUGUUUCUAAAAUAUCCACCUGGAGGCUGGAAAAAAAACUUGUGACGAGCUACUAAAUCUUUUCAGUUAGGAGGAUUUUCUAUGACUGCAGAAACAGUUUUUCUAAGAUUUAGUUUUAAUUCCCCUCCCCCAACCAAAUGCACACAUGAGAGACAAAAACAGACCCAAGAACUAAGUUAUUCUUGUAUCCAGAGUGGACGCCUUUGAGCAUUGUCUCCUUUUAUACCACACUCUUUCUUUCUCUCUUUGGCAUUUUCUACACUGUGUUAUGUGUGUUUGCUCUUUGCUGACUGGUGUGAUUAAUCUAAUAUUAGUCUACUGUAGUAAAGAGCCCAUCACCAUAGUCAAGAGAGCAAGAUCCUUUGAGGCUCCUGUGAGGGGAGAGACUUGUAUCUUGAACGCAGCUGCAUUCUAGAACUGAGCAUGCUGUCUGGCACAUAAAAGACCCUAGUAAAUAUUUUGUCAUUUGCAUUAGUGAAGGGUUCUACCACUGCCAUUAAUAGCCAUGUGACCUUGGGCCAAUCAAUUAAACUCUCUGGAUGCCUCUAAUGCUUUCCAGUUCUAAUAUUUUAUAAAUAUAGGUUUCCUCUUCUGAGAUUUUGAUUCUGACACUGUGUGGCCAUUUACCUGAUGUCAAAUUUUCCCUUGCUAGCCCCUGAUAGGUGUGAAAAGCUAGCAACUGCUUUCUUUUUACUCUUUCAUCAAUAGAAGAUAAUUUUCCAAUUAAUUUAUUUUCUUAGUUUUGUGCCUUUCCUAUUAGGCACCAAUGUUUUCUUGAAUAAGCUGGUUAAUGACGUAAUUAAAAGAGACAGUGAGCCGGGGGGUGGGGCCCCAACUGAAACUAGACUUCUCACUUCAUUGGUUAGUUCAUUGGAACCAAGAGCAGUUCCAAUCUAUGAGUUUCCUUAAAUACCCUUAGUAGUAAAACAUUCCCACUUGUACAAGAAUUAGGGUUUCCUCAUAAAAACUAUUUAACAAAUGCAUUAAAAGGUACUGCUCCUUAAUAUGCUUGAGAUACUGCACAGAACAGCUGUGAACUUUAUUAGUUUGUAGGAUGCGAGGGGAGGUAGUGCUUUGAAGACCUGCUUUGGUUUUCAUCAGACACUCCUGAUGAUGUCUUUGCAGUGGCUGGAUGUAUAUUACUGUUUCACUGGCAACAAAGCACAAGCAUCUUGGCCAGUUUUCCAUUCUGUAGCAGUUGAGGACUAGAAUCCUUUUCUAUAUCCUGUUUGCACUGUCAAGAAAUUUUGCUGGCCAAAUGAUAUCAGAGCGACAGAACAAAUAGUUGGCACUCCAUCAACUUUCCUAGGCAGAAAUUGAUGUAGAAGGGCUUCUGUCAUUUGGGAAUCUCGGGAUACUGUGGCAAGCUCCCAUAAGUCCCUUGGUAAUCCGCUGACAUGCUGCAAUGUACCCACAGGUUAGGCAUAGAACAUCCAUCUUCCCACUCGUACUUGAUUUUCUGGAUUUAUUUUCUACAUCCUUACUCAAUACACACUUGUCACGGGUUUCUUUUAGGAAAUGUAAAUGUUCCAAGGGAUUUUGAAGAGAACUCUUUCUUGUGCCUCUGUUUAAAGCACAUAGACGUAAAUCCAACACCCUAUUCUUUUGCAAGGGCUUCACUUUUAUGUCUCUACAUGAGUGGGACAUAACAUGAGUUGCCUCUAAAAUUAAUACAUUAUUGGUUGAUCAGAUUCUAUUUCUUUUCUCCUAUUAACUGAAUUUAUAUUAUUGCCUAGGUGUAUUUUUUUAACUUAUAAAUAUCCCCUUCUUUAUGUUACACAAGCGACAGAAAGUUUUAUUUGCCCACUUGUGUAUUUUCACAACAGCUUAAUUGAGAUAUAAUUGGCAUAUGAUAUACCAGACAUGCCUAAAGUGUACAAUUUGCAAAGUUUUGACAUAUUUAUAUCCAUGAAACCAUUACCACAAUCGAGAUAAUGAACCUAUCUAUCAUUCCCAAAAGCUUCCUUGUGCCCCUUGGUAAUCCUUAACCCCCGCCCCUUCCAAUCUCUCCUCCAGCCACCUCAGGGAACCACUGAUCUGCUUUCCAUUGUUGUACAUUAGUUUGCAUUUCCUAGAAUUUUAUGUAAAUGAAUUCAUACAGUGUGUACUCUUUUUUAUGCUAGCUUCUUUCACUCAACGUAAUUAUUUUGAUUCAUCCAUGUUGUGACAUACAGCAAUAGUUAUUCCUUUUAAUUACUGAAUAGUGUUCCAUUGUGUGGAAAUAACACCGUUCAUCUGCUGAUGGAGAUUUUGGAUUGUUUCCAGUUUUUGGCUAUUACACAUAAAACUUGUGAACGUUUAUGUGCAAAUCCUUGUAUGGACAUAUACUUUCAUUUCUCUAGGGCAAAUUCCUAGGAUUCCAGAUCGUAAAGCACAUCUGUGUUUGACUUUUUAAAAAAUUGUCAAACUGUUUUCUCAAGUGGUUGUACCAGUUUAUGUUCCUACCAGCAUGUCCGCAUGUUCCGGUUUCUCCACAUCCUCAACACCUGAUAUCACCAGUCCUUUUAAUGUUAGCUAAUUUAAUGAGUAUAUAAUUUUGAUUUACAUUUCCCUAAUGGUUAAUGAUAUUGAGCUUCAUUUCAUAUGCUUAUUUGCUAUCUGUAUACUUUCCUUGGUGAAAUAUCUGUUCAGAUAUUUUCUCUAGUUUUUAAAUGGAUUGUUUGCUUUCAUGUUAGUGAAUUUUGAGUUUUUGUAUAGUCUAGAUAGAAAUCUUCUAUUCAAUAGAUAUGCUUUAAAAAUAUUUUCUUCCAGUCUGUGGCUCAUCUUUGCAUUCACCUAAUGGUGUAUUUCAAAGAGCAGACGUUACUAAUGUUGAUGGAAUACAGUUUAUCAGUUUGUUCUUUUCUGGGUUAUGCUUUGGUGUUACAUCUAAGAAAUUUGUGUCCAACCCAAGGUCGCAAGGGAUUUCUCUUGUGUUUCUUUCAGAUAUUUUAUAGUUUUACAUUUUACAUUUAGUUCUGUGAUCUUGAUUUAAUUUUUGUCUAGGGUGCAAGGUACAGAUCAAAGUUCAUUUUAUUUGCAUAUGAAUAUCUAAUUGUGUCAAUGCUGUUUGUUGACAAUGCUAUCCUUUCACCAGUGAAUUGCCAUUUUCCCUUUUUUGAAAAUCCGGUACGUUGUGCAUAUAUGCGUCUUUGCACCAGUACUCAAUUGUCUUGAGUACUGUAGCUUUAUGAUAAGCAUUAAAAGUCAGGUAAUGUUAAUUCUCCAACUCUAUUCUACUUGCCUGCUUGCACUUUUUACUUAUGAGAAUUUUGUCCUCAAGUCUAGAGUACUAGGUCAAGAGUGUUAAUUGUAAUGAAAAAUAACUUGCAUUUUGUUUACCCAGGCUUGGUAACUAUUCAGAGAGUCAGCAAGAGCAUGAACAAUGGAAUCGGAUCUGGUUCGGAGUCCUGGUUCUGCCAUGACUAGCUGUGUGACUCUGGCCACAUUACUCAUCAUCUCAAAAUCUCAUGCUCUUCUACUGCAAAAUGGGAAUGACAAUAUGUACCUUACCACAGUGUUUCAAGGAUCAAAUUAGGAAAUAUAUAAUCUCUGAUACAAUUUUUAUUUAGUAUGCAUCUUAGUUUUAAAAAUUAGCAUAAUGUGAAAAUAUCCAAUAUUUAGUUACCUAAGGCAGAUACAAUCAGAACACUUUUGGCAUUCUUAUUUCCCUUAUUUUACCUUCGUUUCAAGUGAUUUUUGAAUGAUUCUUGUUUCAUUUUAAGAAUUGGGUAUCAUUUUCAGGUUUGGACUUGUCAUUUGAACAUGUUUAGAUAUCACAAAAUGUACUGGUGUUUCUCAUACACUCAUUUAAAUUCAAAUGGAUGGGUUAAAAUACCAACAGAAUGAUGACUAAAUAAAGUUGUUUGAUGCUGGAGGUAUGUAGGGGCAGAGAUUUGCUGUCACAUUUGAGAUGUAGAAAAUUCCAGCUGAGGAAAAUCCAGCUCCAUAGGAUAGAUGAAUACUGACUAUCAAUCUAAAUUUUUCUCCUAUGAUAACUUGGGGUAGACAUCAAUUCAUCUCUGCUGUGUCUAGCUGAAGGCAUAAGUUGAGUUUCCAUUGAAAGUUGAACUACAUAAAAACUCUACAUAUCAUAAGAAGAAGACUGACAACUGAACUUAGAAGUGAGUAAAGGAUAUGUACAGGCGAUAUGCAGUUGAAGAAGCCAAAACUUAAAAAGAAAACAACAUAUGAAAAAAUCUUAAUUUCACUUGUAUGUAGUGAAAUGUAAAUCAAAGCAACAAUGAAAUAUCGUGUCAGGCACAUCAUAUUGGCAAAAAGUAAUAUGGUCAGUAGCAUCAAAUAUUGGCAAGGAUGUUGGAGAAAGGAGCAAAUUGAUGGCUAGAGAGUAUAAAUUGUAAAACUACUUUUGAAAGCUAUGGAAAAUACCUAAUAAAGUUGAGAAUGUAUGAACACUGAGAUCCAGCACUUCUUUUUCUUGGUAUCUGCUGUAGGGAAAUUUUCACCCGUAUGUGCAGAGGGACAUGCACAAAGAUGUGCAUUGCAACGCCAUUUGUGAUAGCGAAGAAUUCAAAACAGUCUCUUCCCCCGACCUCCUCUUUCUCUCUUUCUCUCUUUCCUCCCUGCCACACACUUCAAGUUAUUUGCAAAACCAUUGCAAGUCACAAUACUCCUGGCACUUUACCCCUAAAGCUAUUUUUUAAAACAGAGUUCUGAGGCAGAUAUAGAAAAAUGUCAACAUGUUUGAUUUUGCUGGUGGCAACAUACAAAUCUGUUAUUUUCUGUACCUCUCGUAUUUGUGAGAUGUUAAAACUUGAAAGUAAACAUGAAAAUUUUAAAAAGAAACAUGACGUUUGUUUCUCUGCUUUAAUUCUUUGCAAAUUUCUUUUAAUUCCUCACCUUAAGACCCAUCUUUCCCAUUUUGCGUCUUGUUUGAUGUCAACCUAUAACAUAACAUGUCUUGAGCUCUUUUCUUCACAUGAUUUGAAGUAUCUCCAAGGUAACUGUUUUGUGUUCAGAGUUUUUUUUUUAGACAUCUCCUUCCUUCUAGCGAUCUCUGUUCAAUAUUGCAUUAAACUUAUUGGGCCUAAGUUGUCCGUUAUUUCCUUGCUUCUUUGCUAUUCAUGGGAGUUUGGAUUGACAAUCGAAACUCAACUGCUGUGUUUCAUGACAGCAAGGCUUUGCAGGGCUUCUUUUCUUAAUACUGGUCCAUCCGCCUGUCUUGGUACGUAACAUAUUUAUAUGUAGGGAGGGAUAUUUGUUUUAGUGUAUGAUAGAUACUUAUAAUGAAGAUUAGAUCAUGCACUUCUAGCCUAGAAUUUCUAAAGCAUAUAAUAAACAAUUCUUAAUCUUCAGAGCAGAGGCUUGGGGUGCCCCGUCAGUCUGCCUGCCUACACCGUAUUUUUGGCUGCCACAAUGGCUUCUCUGCCCAUGUCAAACUCACUUUAUGUGUAUAUACUUCAAGUUCCCUAUUUUCUUUCAUCUGCCUCUUUGGUAAACAGACGACAGAAACUUCCUCUGCCUGAUCUCUCUAUGACAUACUGCAAAUUUAGCUCAGACGCCAGCUGGCUGUGUGUGUCUCUGGCUAUUCAUAGAAAGGAAGGGUUUACCUUCCUUCCUUCUGGAGAAACCGUCUUUUCAUGGCUACGAAUCUGUUUUCAAAGGGCUAUUUGGAAUCGGAGCUACUGGUUAAUGGGAAAAGGUCUUUUUUUUGUGAUACUUGAACAGUCUUUUAAAAAAUACACUGAUGUGGGGCACCUGGGUGGCUCAGUCAGUUAAGUGUCCAACUUUGGCUCAGGUUGCAAGCUCACUGUUCGUGAGUUUGAGCCCCAUAUCGGGCUCUGUGCUGUCAGUGUGGAUAAGUCACCGAUGAGUCAUUUCCAAUGUGUGUUGAAUUUACUGUGGUUGCUUUUGCAUUAUUUUCUCCUUUUGUAUGAUUAGUGUUGGAAAGACCACCAUGACCAUCCAUCAACUCUUGGUCAUUGUGGAACAUCCACUUGAGGACCAGGUCUCAGUGAAUGCAAAUGAAGCAGAACACUUAGCUCAGCCACUAUAUCUGAACGUUCCUCUCUGGUCCUGACCUGGUCCUCGAUUCUAACUUUGAUCCAGAAAAGAUCCCUAAGUCAGCCCUGUAAGAUAUAGGCUGGGCUCUGUGGCUAAAGUGAAAGUCUCUCCCUGGGUUUCUGAAGUUCCUAGGUAAACUGGAGCCAGUACGGUUUCUAGAGAGCCCCGGGCAAAAUGUGCUUAUUUCCCAAUUCAGAAGUGAUUUUUCUCUUGUCAGUUUAGAUUUGCUGCCCAGGGCAGUUCAGAAUGGGGUGGGUUUCAGGGCAGUAUUCACUAAGACAUUACUCUCAUCACUUAUGGUAAUUUUCACAAAUCAUUGAACAUCACAAGUGUCACUAAUUGCCACUUGCUUCUUAUUUUUAUUCUAAUGUCCUAGAUUCGGAAACUGGUAACUGGGUUGUAAGUUUCUUUAGGGCAAGGCCUGGAUGUUUUUCAUUUGCAUUCUUAAUAUCCACCACAAUAUCUGGGGUAUAAUAACUUCUCAACUAAAGGUCUAUGUCUAGAAAAUAUGGCUGAAAAAUGAUUGUAAAACAUACCCCAAAGUCACUGUCCUUAUUUUUUCUUCUCCUUUCCUUCUUGUUUACUCUUCUUGUUUUCAUCGGUUUUAAUCCAGAGCUUUAGAUGAUUGGCAGCAUCAUGUGUUUAUACUACUUCCUGAAACUCUUCCUGCACACUUCUCCCCCAAAUUUUGUUCAUUAAAAAAAAAAUAAUGUUUUUUUUUUCUUCUUGGGCCUUGCCUUUUACAUUUUAAAUGAUUUUAAACACUAUUCAUAUGUUUAUCUGAUUCUUCUGUUAUCUCAAGUUCUCUCUGGUUGUUGUGCCUGCUGAUUCUUGGUUAUAUGUAAUUGCUUCCACAUGGGUCUUGUGGCUUAGGCUUGUGAGCUCAUCUUCGGUGGUGGCUUAACUGUGGGUGUCCGUUGUUGCUUUUAUUGAGGACACAUCCCUCCAGAGAGGUCUUGUUUCUUCUUCUUGUCACCCUAAGGAUGUCCUAAGCCUAGAACCAAUUUUAUGCCUGUUUUUCAGCUUGAAAUUUCCUGGAAUACGCAAGUAUUGUGAAUUCAAAACUCCAAACCACAUCAGGGUAAAUUGUGGGAAUGCUCAGUGGAGAUACUUUUAUUCCCCCACCAAGAGUCUAGGCCAAGGCAUUGCUCUUCCAUCUACCUGUGAGAAUGUUUGGCCUUUUUUCAACAUCAAUUUAUUUCAAGAAUCUUUCUUCAAGACCACUGCAAGGGUGUCUCUCUCUGUGAGGGUCAGUUCUAAUUCUUCACCUCAUCUCCCAUCCCCAAGUGUUGGGCAAGUCAUACAGAAUGCUCAGAGUCCCUAGCUUUUCAAUCUAAAACAUCAUAGCUUUCAAAUGACAAUAAUAAGACUUAACAACAUGAUUCUGAAAGGCAUGUCUCCCCGAUAGGGAUGUUAUGAGAUUCAAGUAGUAGAAUAGAUUAAAAGGCAUUUUGAAAAAAAAAAAAAAAUUAAAGCACUCUGUAAUUAGGUUUUGUUUCUAGAUACUCUAGGAGUGUCAUUGGCCUAGAACAUGUUUUUUUAGUAUUAUUGCUAGUCUACUGUUUUCCCCAGACCCUUUUCCUUCCUUCUCCUACCAUCACAUCUUCUUGUCCAUUUGUCUAGCUUGUGGCAAAGUAGAGCGGCCUUAUACUUAGGCAGAGGAUGAGCUGCAGCCUCUGAGCUGAUUUUACCUGAUUGAGUUUGGUGAGUACUGUGGCUCUCUUAUUUACCUCUCAGCUCAGGACCCUGUAUAUCAUUCAGGUUCCUGCCAGAGAGCUGGUGUUGGUGACCCUUGGUCAAUAGUGGACAUGAUUUGUUAUUUUAGUUAAGAUCUUAAUAGCACAUGAAAUUGUUUAUCUAGUUCUGAUGCUUUAGAGAACCAAAGACCUGCUGCCAGAAUACAGGUCUUCUCUGCAGUUACCUGUCUGUGGCAUGUCACUGAAGGAGAGUAUCAAUUGGUAUAAUUGUUCUGGAAGCUACAGGAAACCUUUAAAUACAUUUCAACAGGAACACUGGUAUUUGCAAUCCAGCAUUUUUACAAUAUGAUCUCAUGUAACACAUCCAUUUUAUAUUCUAAAAACUUCAGUUUGAACAAGCCAUGUCAUAAAAGGGGCCACAGAAUCAGCAAAGCCAGUCUUAUAAUGACAGGCCAAACAGUUUUAGAUAUUGGGGUUUUCUUGAUUUUUUAUUUGAGGCCAAGCUUUCACACAGAGCAUUGACUUUGCUUCAGGUCAAAUGAAGUCAUAGUUUAGACCGGGUUAGUCCUUGUUUAAGUCACUUAGGUAAGGUUUAAUUUGUUGAACCAAACCCUGGAACCCGUUCAGUUCACAGAAGAACAUAUAAUUAUGUAACUUUUGUCACAAGACUCAAGAAAAAUGUUUUAUAGUCACAGCAGGGAUUCAAAGAGGUGAGGCUAAGAUGGAAAAUGCUUGUAGAGAUAACAGUAGAAGAAAAAGAAAUGGAAAGCAUUUGUGAAAGUCUAGUCUCAGUUCUUAGUGUAGCUCUUUGCACAAAUUAAUACACUUGAGAUAUUUUUCAGGUUUCAAAUACUGAAUCUCUAUUUUCAUGGAAAGGAUGGUAUAACUAGGAGAGGGUUAACCAUGGUUAUAUAGCUUUCUGAAUUUUCUACAGCAUACCCUUACUUUAUAUGGAAUAGUUUCAUGACUGUCCUAUUUCCACUUAUCAGUAAUAAUUGCCUGCAACAUACAUAGGAAACAUAAAUUCCCAGGUAAUUCAGACCCCUCUUUUUACCCACUUAAGAGUUAGUCCAACCCUUCAUAAAACCUAUUUCCCAAACCUCCUAACAUAUAGACUGGUUUGAACAUCAGUUCUUGUCAUGUCCCCUGCCUGCCAUCUGUUUUAGAUAUUAGUGAGUCACAAAAUGCCUAAAAGCAGUAGUCUGAAAGAGACUGAGAAGGAGCAGAGGGCCUGAAUUGUCAGAAAACAGAAUCGUGUCCUUGGGCAAAUCCAAGGGUGGUUGGGUAGGUUGUAUCAUCAAGUGAUAAUAGGAACGAUGAUUAAAACCAACAGCAACUUCACAAAUCUUGAAACUAAAAUGCAUGCUGGUUUUAGGGGAAACCUCCAAUACACAGCAUACAAACUUUGAUUACUGUCAUGGAGCAAUCAACGGAAGUUUGUAGAAGAUGCAACGCUCGUAGACUGGCUCAAUUUGGCCAAUUUACGCUGAGCGUCUAGUUGGCCGUUACUGUGGGGAUAAAGGGAGCAAGUUCUUUACCUUGUGGAAUUCUUGGUCUUGGAGGGGAGAUAUCACACAACCAUCUAUGCUCAUGACGAAGACAGCUUUGCCUGGAACUCAUGGCAUGCACAGGCCAAGCUUCGUGCCUGCCUAGGGCUCUAUUUACUUACAUUGUCUUGGAUUCUCUCAUCACAUCCUCCAGUUUACAGAUGGAGAAGCAAUAUUUUUUUCCGCUGCAUUUUAUCAUCUUAACAACACAAUAUGUUAAAUGCUUUGCCAUGGACUUAGAAUGGAGUCUGACAGGCAAAAGUCCAGUCUUGGCUCUGCUAUAUACCUGUGGGGUCUGGAGGAAAUUUCUUAAUUUAUUUGAGCCACAGUUUUCUCAUCCGUAAAGUAGAGAUAAUGGUAUCUACCUCAGCUCUCGGCUUCAAUGUCAAUAUUUUCAGAAAGGCCUUAUUCCAUCAUUCUGAGGAAUCUUGUUCCCAUCACGCCAGUCACGGGAUCCCAUUACCCUGUUUUAGUUUUGUUACAGCCUUUAUCACCAUCUGAAGUGUUGUCUUGUAACUGGUUUCCAGGACUAUUGGCAGCCUCCCCAUUUGAAUGUAAAUUUCACAAGGACAGGGACUGAACCCAAAAUCUGGUUCCUGCCACACAGUAGGCACUCAUUAUGUGUUACAUGAAUGGGCAGUGAACCAGGCAACAGUUAAUAGAGAUGGAAAGGAGAAAGUGACUGUACUUAUAUUUAAUGUCCUUGUGAACAAUUCUAUGUUCACUUGGAAAGAAAUCGUUGUAUGCUUUGAACACUGCUAUUACAGUAGGUAGAAGGGUUUGAAUUUUUUCUCUUUUGCCAUAACGAAGGUCUGAAAAUAAAUUGAAUGUCAUCAUCCAUUGCACGAUAGUCCAUCCCUGACCUGAGCUGGGCUCCAAUAAAAGGAGCAGGGACACAAAUGCAACACACAGACCCAGAACGGGAUCUUUUGUAUGUGUGACUGCGGGAGACGCUGAGAGAAAUGUGGAACCAGAGCUCACCUGAGUAGGUUUUGGCCUUCAUUCUCCCCACAAACAUUAACCUCAGAGUAAGUGACAUGUCUGACUGUGUCUACAAAAGGCACCUCCGGCCUCCACUGACUUGUUUAUCUUUGCCGCUGUUUCAGGAUUCUGAGAAGCGAACCCCGCUUCAUGUGGCUGCGUUUCUGGGAGAUGCAGAGAUCAUUGAACUCCUGAUUCUGUCAGGAGCUCGUGUAAAUGCCAAGGACAACAUGUGGCUGACCCCACUGCACCGGGCUGUCGCCUCCAGAAGUGAAGAAGCAGUACAAGUAUUGAUUAAGCACUCGGCUGACGUCAAUGCGAGGGACAAGAACUGGCAGACCCCCCUCCACGUAGCAGCUGCCAAUAAGGCUGUCAAGUGUGCAGAAGUGAUCAUUCCCCUGCUGAGCAGCGUCAACGUCUCCGAUCGAGGGGGGCGCACAGCCUUGCACCAUGCUGCCCUGAAUGGCCAUGUGGAGAUGGUCAACUUACUCUUGGCCAAAGGAGCAAACAUCAACGCAUUUGACAAAAAGGACCGGCGUGCUCUGCACUGGGCAGCAUAUAUGGGCCACCUGGAUGUCGUGGCAUUGCUCAUUAACCACGGCGCAGAAGUGACUUGUAAGGAUAAGAAGGGUUAUACCCCCCUGCACGCUGCAGCCUCCAACGGACAGAUCAACGUUGUCAAACAUCUCCUGAAUCUAGGGGUGGAGAUUGAUGAAAUCAACAUCUAUGGAAACACGGCCCUUCACCUCGCCUGCUACAAUGGGCAGGAUGCUGUAGUUAAUGAGCUGACUGACUACGGUGCUAACGUGAACCAGCCCAACAACAGCGGGUUCACCCCUUUGCAUUUCGCUGCUGCCUCCACACACGGUGCUUUGUGUCUUGAACUAUUGGUAAACAACGGGGCGGAUGUUAACAUCCAGAGUAAAGAUGGCAAAAGUCCACUGCACAUGACAGCUGUCCAUGGAAGGUUCACACGGUCACAAACUCUCAUUCAGAAUGGUGGUGAAAUUGACUGUGUGGAUAAGGAUGGCAACACUCCUCUCCAUGUGGCUGCAAGAUACGGUCACGAGCUUUUGAUUAACACCUUAAUAACCAGCGGAGCUGACACAGCCAAGUGUGGAAUCCAUAGCAUGUUCCCCUUACAUUUAGCUGCCCUAAAUGCUCACUCUGACUGCUGCAGAAAGCUGCUAUCAUCGGGCUUUGAAAUAGACACCCCAGAUAAAUUUGGAAGAACGUGCCUUCAUGCUGCCGCUGCAGGAGGUAACGUGGAAUGUAUAAAACUCUUGCAGAGCAGCGGAGCAGAUUUCCAUAAAAAGGACAAGUGUGGGAGGACGCCUUUGCACUAUGCAGCUGCAAAUUGUCAUUUCCAUUGUAUUGAGACAUUAGUGACCACAGGGGCCAACGUCAAUGAAACAGAUGACUGGGGACGGACAGCUUUGCACUAUGCUGCUGCAUCAGACAUGGAUAGAAAAAGUAAGACUAUCUUAGGAAAUGCCCAUGAAAAUUCAGAAGAACUUGAAAGAGCCAGAGAGCUGAAGGAAAAGGAAGCCGCAUUAUGUCUAGAGUUUCUGCUUCAAAAUGAUGCAAACCCAUCUAUCCGGGACAAGGAAGGUUACAAUAGCAUACAUUAUGCUGCUGCCUAUGGCCACAGACAAUGUCUGGAAUUGCUUUUGGAAAGAACCAACAAUGGUUUUGAAGAAUCAGAUUCCGGUGCUACCAAGAGUCCGCUCCACUUAGCUGCCUACAACGGGCACCACCAAGCCUUGGAAGUACUUCUGCAGUCACUGGUGGACCUGGACAUCAGGGAUGAGAAAGGCCGCACCGCUCUGGACCUGGCUGCCUUUAAGGGACACACAGAAUGCGUGGAAGCACUUAUCAAUCAGGGCGCAUCCAUCUUUGUGAAAGACAAUGUAACCAAAAGAACCCCACUUCAUGCCUCAGUAAUUAAUGGUCAUACACUGUGUUUGCGGCUAUUACUAGAAAUUGCAGACAACCCAGAAGCAAUUGACGUGAAAGAUGCCAAAGGACAAACCCCACUGAUGCUUGCAGUAGCAUAUGGCCACAUUGAUGCUGUUUCAUUGUUGCUUGAAAAGGAAGCAAAUGUAGAUGCUGUUGACAUCAUGGGCUGCACAGCUUUACACAGAGGGAUUAUGACAGGCCACGAGGAAUGUGUGCAAAUGCUGCUGGAACAAGAAGUGUCGAUUCUCUGUAAAGAUUCCAGAGGGAGGACACCCCUGCACUACGCGGCGGCUCGUGGCCAUGCCACAUGGCUGAGCGAGCUGCUCCAGAUGGCACUUUCCGAGGAGGACUGUUCUUUCAAAGAUAACCAAGGCUACACGCCACUGCACUGGGCUUGUUACAAUGGUAAUGAAAACUGUAUAGAGGUACUUUUGGAGCAAAAAUGUUUUCGAACAUUUAUCGGUAAUCCCUUUACUCCACUGCACUGUGCAAUAAUAAACGAUCAUGAGAAUUGUGCGUCAUUGCUACUUGGGGCCAUAGAUUCCAGCAUUGUCAAUUGCAGAGAUGACAAAGGCAGGACACCGCUUCAUGCGGCAGCAUUUGCUGAUCACGUGGAGUGCUUGCAGCUUCUUCUGAGACACAGUGCCGAAGUGAACGCAGCAGAUAAUUCAGGGAAAACAGCACUGAUGAUGGCUGCUGAGAAUGGGCAGGCAGGCGCUGUGGAUAUCUUGGUGAACAGUGCCCAGGCUGAUCUGACCGUAAAGGAUAAAGACUUGAACACAUCCUUACAUUUGGCUAGUAGCAAAGGUCAUGAAAAAUGUGCCUUGUUAAUACUUGACAAGAUACAGGACGAGAGCCUUAUUAAUGCAAGAAAUAACGCACUGCAGACACCCCUCCACGUGGCUGCACGAAAUGGCUUGAAGGUGGUAGUUGAGGAGUUGUUGGCCAAAGGGGCCUGUGUACUCGCUAUAGAUGAAAAUGCAACCCAGGCUGUUAACCCUUCAAGAUCCAUGGGUCAGCUGCAUAACAGAAGCCCUGAAGGAGCAGUUAGGAAUCGGAAGGUGCCUUACACCAGCCACCCAAUGCAAAGGGGUUUACUCCGCUGGAGGCUGCAAGGCCUGUGGUGGGGGAUGGGAGAGGUUUUCUUCGCCCUCCCCCCUUGGGAAUUACACUCUAUCUUCUUACUGGGAGCAAGGUAUUGGAAACUCCCCUUCCACCUAAAAACAGAAAACAAGGGUGUUUUCUGUGGGAAUUAGAACUAGGUAGUAUUUCCAGAGCUCUUUGGAAUUCUUUCAGGAAAAAUGUUGUAAGAACACAAAUUAUUUCUUUUAUUGUUAAAUUAAGUUCCUAUCAUCAAUAACUCUCCAAGGGGAGCUUAUUUUUUUUUUAAUUGAAAGUAACAAUGCUGUGAAUCACUAACAAGAGAACUUUGCUGUGCAAAGAAGGAAGAGUCAAAAGCAUGCAAAAUCAGCCUCUGAAUAAAUUACCUCUGUCCCCCAUUUCCCAUCACAUGUUAUGGUCUGCCUGUUGGACAAAAGUGAGAGGGGAGAGGGUGGAUGUAAAAGUAGGAGAAAUAAUUCAAAAUGUAAGCCCCAAAGUUCUCAUUGAAAGGGAAGGGAGAAACCAUGUGUGGUGUGGAGACAAAGAGACAUUCCUGAUGGAAGGGAAGUCUACUAAUGUGGGAAGGAAAAAUAAUCCUGUUCUGAGUUAUAAGACAAAGAGGAAGUAGAGAAGUGGAAACUCGGGAAUGAAUGUGAAAAGAAUUUGGUCAUAUUUUGAAAUGAGCUCUGGGCUGUACAAAAUUAAAGUACCCUGCUUUGCAGACCAACACUAAGGAAAUAGUGUUCUAACUUGUUUCAUUAUCCAGUUUAUGUCAUCUGUGAAGAAUUAGCUCUAGGAACCCUAUGUUGACUAAUUCAUACUAUUUAGUUAUUCUUAAAUGAAUAGCUAAUGACAAUCCAGUUGUGGGGAUAUAAUGAUUGGUACCUCCUUUUAUUUGCUACAACUACCUGCUUCCAAAGAUGGAUUCUAUUUGGACGUCUCCAUGUCCCUCUAACCUAAGCAUGCAUAAUAAACAGUUUGGACACUCACCAAUUUUCUCAUUGAUGUGGAGAACAAAGACAAAAGAAAAAAUUAGAUUAAACUUCCUUACAACGUACAUCCCACUGACAAGUCCUUGAGACAGGCAGAGCAACUCUAGGAACUCAACUGCCUCCAUGUUAAUACUUUGCUAAGGGCAAAAGGCAAUCUUAGCUUAACAUGAUCCUGACCUCCUGAAUCUUUAAGUCUCUUUUAACAUAUAAAAAUUCCUUUAGAAACUUCCUUUAUUUCUAACCCCGAAGAUAUAUGUUAACAAUCAGCCUCCAAGCAUAGGGCCCCCUGAUAUACAUCUGAAGGGUCUCAUAAUUAAAGUUUACUAAACAGUAAUAAAUGACCUUUUCCUAACAACAGCUAGCCCCUCAAGGUCCUGGAAACCUUGCUUCCAAAUUCCUAGAGACUUACACUAGGCCUAGUCCCCUCCCAACUUAAAGUACAUUAUCAGUCACCCAUCACAACCUCAGUGCAACUCUUUCUGCCCACGGGUCCUGUCCCUAAAACCACUUUUUUUGCAUCUAAGGUAUCUCAAGAAUCCUUUCUUGACAGUUUGCUCUGAACUGCAACAUUUCCAUAUCAUCAUCAAUCUCAACGAAAGACCCAGUUUCCUGGAUUAUAUCCUCUCCUGCCCAUCCUUCCCCACCUUAUUCUUUUUCUAUACCAGCUUUUCUCAAAACAUGAUUUGCAGACCCUUGACAUCCCAGUGACCCUUUGAAGGACUUCCUGAGUUAAAACGUUUUUCAUAAUAAUUCUAAAAUUACCUGCCUAUUUCACUAAUGGUGCAAAACAAGUUUUAUAGCAGGUAAAACUGCCAUUGUCUUAGCACCAAUGUCAGUGUGAUGGAACUAUACUGGCUGUCGCUAUACAUAUACUGGCACUAAAAAAAAAAAUGAUGAAGUAAAAGUUAUCAAUUUUAUUGAACUUCAGUCCUUAAAGGUAUGAAAAUAGGCUUGGAGCACUUGUGCUGCAUGUUCAAGUAUGGCCAGAGCACUGUUGCAUUGAGCUGCUAGCUGAAUCAGCGACUUUUUCACGGAAAACCAUUUUUACUCAAAUAUACAGUUGAUGAGAUGACUGUGAUUACUCAGACUUGGGUAUUUGGCAGUGAUUUUCCUGAAGAUGAAUGUCACUUCAAGGAAAACGACGGAUGCUAUUUUUCAGUGAAUUAGUGCAUAUAUAUUUUUUAAAUCUUUCAGUGUUAAUUUCCAUGAACAAAAGCUCCUUGGGGUCCUCAUUGAUUUUUAAGAGUGUUAAAAGACAUCCUGGAGCACCUGGUUGGCUCAGCCAGUGGGGACUGUGAUUCUUGAUCUCGGGGUUGUAAAUUCGAGCCCCACGUUGAGUGUAGAGAUUACUUAAAAUUAAAUCUUAAAAAAAAAAAAAAAAAAAAAAAAAGAGUGUCAAGAGAUCCUGAGACCAAAAGAAGUUUGAAAAUGGUUGCUCUUUAUAUAUGCUUCCCAGAGUGCAUUAUUUGGAAGGUUGACUUUGGGAUGCUCUAACUCUGUGCUGGCCAAUAUGGUAGCUAGUAGACACUUGUGCUUACUUAAAUUUACAUUAAAUAAAAUAAAAAAUUCAGUUCCUCAGCUGUACUAGCUACCUUUUAAGUACUCAACAGUUAAAUGUGGCUAGCAGAUUAUAGAACAUUUUCAUCAUCACAGAAAGCAUGCUCUAAUCAGGGAGCCUUGCAUAUACCUUACUCCUUUUGUUCAUUCACCAUGUUCGUUAGCAUAAAAGGCUCUGCAAAGUUCUGAAAAGAGGAACUAUUGUUUCAUUUUGUUAAAACAUGUCUCAAGCUUAUUUGAACAUGAACUUUAUUUUUCACGUGAUACCUAUUCCCAUUCUAUAAAACACACUUUGAAAAAUGCUGUUCUGCCUUUCUCCGAUAUUUUUAUUUUAACUGUUCCGCUGAUAUGAGGUUUCGUUGCAAGCAAUUUUUAUACAUCUUUUGGAAGUAAGUGGAUAUAAAUAAUAAAUUAUAAAACCUAUCAUCUAAAUCUAAAUUCCACUCCUUUGCUAGUUCACAACUGGAAUUUCUGUCUUUGGGGGUGUAUUUCAGGAUAGAUUACUUUUCUGAUUAUUUCUGAAUUUUUAGUCUAUGUAAUAUUUGCAUUGAGGUUAUACAUCUGGAUUUCCUACAGAAUUUCAGAGACUAUCCCUGAUUGGGAGUCUCUGUGACUUCUGAGUCUCUCCACCAGUCAAUAAGAUUUUGUAAGCUUUAGUUUUUUGUUUUAAAAAACUUUUGGUUUUAGAAUAGUUUUAAAUUCACAGAAUUUAAUUUAAAUUUAAAUUGACAGGAAAUUCCAAGAGUUACAGAGUGUUCCUAUAUACCAUAUACCCAAUUUUCCCUGCUGUUGACUAUUGUUGACUAUUGUUCCUUAUUGUUGACAUUACUAUAGUACUCUCAACUGCAAGCUUUAGUUUUAAAGUUUCUAAUGUAAAAACAAUAGGUUUCCAUAUUAUUUUCCAAAUUAAAAUCAUGAUGGUGGCUUUUCCAAACCACCAAACUCCAACACCCCACCAUGAGAGUCAUUAUUCCACAUUUUCUUGAGCAUAGCUCGCUGAGAUUCAUGAUCUUAGCAAUUAAGUCCCACAUCCCCCCACAUACUUCUCCCAGUAGGGGAGCAGCUGGGCUGGUGAUGCUGGAGCCUGGCAGUGCUAGUUAGCAGCAGUAGGAUCACAAGAAAAUAGGCACAAUGAGAACUGUGCCCUUAGUCAGGGUUAGGAAGUAAGGAAGUAAAAUGUGGAAAGCACAGAAGUUCCAAAGUGAAGUCAGCAGUGGAAGACAGAGGCAACUGAAAAAACCACCAGAAGGUAAGAAAUACAGAGAAGUGCAGAGCAUGGAUUGCCUAUAGAUGAAUUCAUGAGUUGGGAUGGAGCUAUUAAGGACCCUGAACUGGUAUGGUUGAAUUAUGCAUUUUCUUUAAGAAAGUGGUUUAUUACAAUAGUAUGCAUAUUGCUCAGUUUACAUGCUGUUUUAAUUUUUUUCUCUCAUAAAAUCAAAUCAUGUGUAUUUAUAUUCAUGUUUGUGAAUGCAUAUACAAAGACAGUCUGGAGCAUAUACACCAAACCAUAAACAGUGAUUACUUCUGGGAAUAAUUACAUCUGGAAGGGCUGGGGAUUAGAGUGAGUUG